UAAUCUAUUCGAAUGCAGUAUCAGCUAUUGGGCCCUGGCUCCGCUAUUGGGCAACGUGACGUAGCGUUAAUGCGCAGAAAAAACCAAUCAGCAAUUUCAGCAUUUCAAAAGCCGAUGUCGUGUGUCUUUCCGAAUCACCAGGCUAAUUUGUGUAAAUUGACAUCUAAUCAUUGAUAGUAGCAUUGUUCCCUGACCGAGCUAUUAGGGAACAAUAAGCAACAAGUGGUCGAGAAAACAUAAUUACCAACGAAACGUUGAAGACUAGUUGAAAUGUCAAAAGAAGUGAAACGUGUAUUUCUCACAGGUGCAUCUGGAUUACUUGGUCGAUCAGUUUACCAAAAAUUUUCAGAACAGAACUGGACGGUAUUUGGUACAGCGUUUUCAAGAGUUCAGCCGCAUUUGCACAAAAUUGACCUAAGAGACGAGAAUGCUGUUCAAACAGUGUUAUCAGAAUUCAAACCAAAUGUGGUGAUUCAUACUGCUGCCCAAAGAUACCCUGACAAGGUUGAUGCUGAUCCUGAAGCUGCAGUGGAUAUCAAUGUUCGUGCAACAGAGAGUUUAGCUGCACUUUGCGCCAAAGAAAGAGUGCCUCUUAUUUACAUCAGCACAGAUUAUGUAUUUGAUGGUAAAAAUCCUCCCUAUUUAGAAGAAAGUGUCCCCAGCCCUCUAAAUCUUUAUGGGAAAACAAAACUGCAGGGAGAGGAAGCUUGCAUGGCAGCUUCAUCAGGGAACAUUGUUUUACGUAUCCCAGUCCUUUAUGGCCCUGUAAUGCAUCUGGCAGAGAGUGCAGUAACAGUUCUUCUAGAAGCACUGCUAAAUACUUCUAAAGAAAGGCAGGUGUCGGAUUACGAGCGUCGCCGACCAUCUCAUGUAGAUGAUAUUGCUGAAAUCUGCCUGGGACUCGCUGAUAGGAAACUGAAGGGUGAACCAAUUCAUGGAAUAUAUCACUGGUGUGGCAAAGAGAUAUUUACAAAGUAUAAAAUGCUGCAAGAAAUGGCAGAUAUUUUCCAUUUGUCCAGUUCACACAUUUCCCCUGCUCCUGCACCUCUUCUCAGCUCCUCUGCCACUCGACCUUAUGACACAACGCUAAACACUAGUAGACUUAUGGAACUCAAUAUUCAGUGUCACACGCCUUUUAGGCAGGGCAUAAAAGCAGCUCUUGAACCAUGGAUAAGACAAAACCAAAGUUAAGUGAAAUUAGAAUUGUACAUAUAAAAUUUUAGUUACAUAUAGUUUGUCUGAGCAUUAAAAAGGUAAACAAAAGAAAAUACUCAAUAUAUCGUGUGUGUGUGUGUGUGUGUGUGUGUGUGUGUGUGUGUGAGAGAGAGAGAGAGAGAGAGAG